UUGUGUGGCCGCCGCCGCGGGAACGUGAGCGCGGUAGUUUUUCGAAGGGGAGAGCGACGGCGGGCGUCAGCGGCCACCUCCCGGCGCGAGGGGAGGCAUGGAGGACGAGCGGGGCGGGCAGCGCGGCGGCGGCGGCGGCGGCGAAGCGGCUCAGCAGAAGACCCCGCGGCCGGAGAGCGAGGAGUCCCGGCCGCUGAGCGCCGAGAAAAAGCAGCGAUGUAGACUUGACGGCAAAGAAACAAAUGGAUCUAAGUUUAUUACCUCCAAUGGAAGUGACUUCAGUGACCCAGUUUACAAAGAGAUUGCUUUGGCAAAUGGUUGUAUUAACAGAAUGAGUAAGGAGGAACUCAGAGCUAAACUCUCAGAAUUUAAGCUUGAAACAAGAGGAGUCAAGGAUGUCCUAAAGAAGCGACUGAAGAACUAUUACAAGAAGCAGAAGCUGAUGCUGAAAGAAAGCAGUUGUGUGGACAGUUACUAUGACUACAUUUGUAUUAUUGACUUUGAAGCUACUUGUGAAGAGGGAAAUCCAGCUGAGUUCAUACAUGAAAUUAUUGAGUUUCCUGUUGUUCUCUUGAAUACACACACCUUAGAAAUCGAAGAUACGUUUCAGCAGUAUGUGAGGCCAGAGGUCAAUGCGCAGCUUUCAGAUUUCUGCAUCAGCCUUACUGGAAUUACUCAGGAUCAGGUAGACAGAGCUGAUGCUUUCCCUCAGGUCCUGAGAAAAGUAAUUGAAUGGAUGAAGUCAAAGGAAUUAGGAACUAAGUACAAAUACUGCAUAUUAACAGAUGGUUCCUGGGAUAUGAGUAAGUUCUUAAACAUCCAGUGCCAACUCAGCAGACUCAAGUACCCUCCUUUUGCCAAGAAGUGGAUCAAUAUUCGAAAGUCAUACGGAAACUUUUAUAAGGUUCCCAGAAGCCAAACCAAACUGACCAUAAUGCUUGAAAAAUUAGGAAUGGAUUAUGAUGGGCGGCCUCACAGUGGUCUUGAUGACUCUAAGAACAUUGCUAGAAUAGCAGUUCGUAUGCUGCAGGAUGGAUGUGAACUCCGAAUCAAUGAAAGACUACAUGGAGGACAAUUGAUGAGCGUGUCCUCUUCCUUACCAAUAGAGGGCGCCCCAGCUCCACAGAUGCCACAUAGUAGAAAGUAACUGCAUUUUUCUCUGGAUCAGUUGCUACAAAGAAAAAGUAGAUGAAUGACUCUGAGUUAGUGCAACCUUCAAGCACCUUAAACAUUUACAAGCUUACUACAAUUUCAGCUAGAUGAGUACAUAUGCAAACAUUUUGUAGGAAUUCUUUGCCACCAGCACUUUUGAUAUGAGCAGUAUUUGUUACACAGUAACCAUUCCUGCUUAGAACUGAAUUUUAUAAGAUGUCCAAGUUGUGUUCCUUCGGUUUUAAAAUGAGAAGUCUUACUGCUUCAUUCCUUGAAUGUCAUGUCUUUACUGAUAAUUGAAAUCUGAAAUGAAUUUCUAUAUUACCACCAUUAAAUUAAAUUUGGCUUUGGAAAUGAGGAAAGAGUUAAAAGGUAGUAUUUAUAUUCCCAUUGAAUUUUAUCUAAAACAUGGUCCUUUUAAUUUUUUAAGUUUGUGAGUGAAGUUGAGGGGUUAUGGUUGAAGGUUGUAUUCCAGGAAUGCCAUGUAGGUAACAGAUUCUACAAGUGUUUAAGUUCUGUACUUAAAAUGGCGUAAUGUUUGUGUAUAACCUACAAACAAAUGGUUGUAUUGUUGAUAGAAUAAUGACGAGAGCAAAAGUCUACAGGUUGGUGUAGACACAACUACAGUAGGCCUCACUACGAAGCAUGUGGGUGAGUUGCUCAGCCAGCACCACCUGGAGGCAAACCAAGAACCCGAGACGGUGGCGGGGACAGUUGUCCUGUGUAUCGCACGUCUGGUCCAUUCAGGGUAGUGCUUGUGAGUAGCAAAUUCAGAUAUUUUUGGCACAUUUUCUGCAUACAUGCAGGCCAGGUAGUGGUUUCUAAAGGUCCCCACCACCAAGCUUGACAGUCUAGUUUGCUGGACUGAGAGAAUCAACUCAAGGAUAGCCUAUGACCCUCUGCAUGCACACCACUAGAAUUCACCCACACAUACACACACGUGGGCAUCCACAACAGGUGAGCAAGAUGUCAUAAAGUAUACGAGGACACAUCUGCCAGUUUCAUCUCAUAACUGGAAACCUUGUCAUAAGUUAUAGGGUCUAGUUAGAAGUCUAGUUCCUGAUGAGACUGAUGAAUUACAAGAGCCAGCCUGGUGGCACACACAAAUAAUUCCAGUACUCGGACAUAAAGCAAAGGUGACUCUGAAGCCACCCUGACUCCAAAAAGUGUCAGUAGAAAAUAAGAAUGAAAUUAUGAAAGCUGUAAUGUACAAGUCAGUGGGUGUUUUUGAAGUUUUGUUCAUUGGCUUCACUCUCCAUUGUGAAUGUGAAUUUGCCCCACUUUGAGACUGACCUACAGCUCACAAUGAACACUGACGUUUGUUUGGUGCUGUGAGGUUAAAUGUCUUGUGCUAUAGUUAGUAAAGUACCUGGCUUGUCUUAGUGAGUGACCAAUAUAUUGGAAAAUAUUUACUGUUUCUAAAAUCAAGCUGUACUUUGGAGAUAAUGAUGCAAAACUAUCUAAAGGCUAAAAGUGUGGACUUUUGUAUUAAAACCCCUCUCAAGCUUUUCAUGAAGUAAGUCAUCAAUGUUGCUUGUUUUUUGUUGUUGUUUGUUUGUUUGUUAACCUUUAAUAAUGAUUGUGAUGCCCCAUUAUUUCUGUGGUUAAUCAAGAUUUCGUAAUGUUUUCCAACCCUGUGCGUAGGAGAAAAGAUAGUUAAUAUCCUUAAGUGGCAUGAGAAUUUACUACAGGCUUGUGGAUUUCUUGAGCCAGUGAGCUUCUGCUUAGAAGCAGAGGGAUGGAAAAUAGCACAUCAUUACAAGUGACAGCUGCCAGGAGGCCCACUCACCAGGCUUACUGCUUACUCUUCAGGUGAUUUUCCCACAUAAGCCAUGUUGACAUAGGGGCAGGUUCAUGCCCUAGAAAAAUAAUUGCUUGUCACCUGAUUGCGUAGUUGCUACUGAAUAGCUGAAACUACAGUUGGAAAACUGGAGAAUAGUAGGAAAUACUAACGCCUUCCAGGUUUUUUAAUUUUUUUUUUUUUUUUGGUUUUUUUUUUUGUGUUUUGUUUUUAAUCAGGAUGUUUAAAUUUCUUCCUGACAGUUAAGCAAGUACUCCCCCCCCCCUUUUUUUUUUAAGAAUUUUAAUAAUGCUGGGUGGUAGUGACAUAAGCCUUUAAUCCCAGAACUUGGGAGGCAGAAGCAGACUUUUAGAUUAAGGCCAGCCUGGUCUACAGAGUGCUUAGGAUAGCCAGGCUACACAGAGAAACCCUGUCUCAAAAAAAUAAUAAAUAAAUAAAUAAAAAUUUUAAAAUUCAACAAUGCAAGUUUUUAAGAUUUCUUUUGGCUCUACUAAGUAUUAUGUUUAGUCACUUUUUGAGUCUGCCAGGCCCCCCUGAUUUCAUUUGGUCUUCUGCGAGAUGACGUUUAUAGAAUCAGGUAAUUCUUAGAAGGAAAAUGCUGAAGAAUGGCUGCCAUUGUGUAUGAAGAUAUUUGAUCUUGUUACUGCUAUAAUACACUACACUAAUAAUAAUUAAUUAAGUUACUUAAUUUUCACCUUAGUCGCCAGAAGCCAUGAUCAUUUCCUUGCUUUCCUUUUACUUGCUUGGACACAUGGAGAUUUUUUUUUCCUUGUAUUAUUUUCAAG